AUGAAGACUCCGAUAUCGCGAAUCAAGCGCGGCAAUGCCGAAGAGUUCUUCGCCUGGGCAUUCUUCAACAAGUAUCCUUCAGAGCUCAAGGAAGAGGAAAUGAGUGAGAUGAAAGCCAUGCUGCAGGAGUGCGAGCGCCGAUAUGGAUGGGAAUUAGCAGGAGGCUAUUCUACAGGCGUCCGGCCGAUGCGCAUCAAUUUCGACAGGAUCCAGGCCUGGUAUCAUCCUUUGUGGUACUACGCUGGUAUUCUCGGGCUUCGGCUAGCUACCCGCUCCACCAUGCAAUUGAUGGGCUUUACCUACCAUGGUGGUGAAGCAUCAGGUGGUCUUUCUUACUUCCACUGCCCUCCUCCAGCUCGUCCCGGGCAACUCCUGGAUGCUGGGAAGGUGGUGGAGCCGAGCCGGGCCCUGCCGGUUGUGCUGGUGCACGGUCUGGGUAUCGGCAUUGCACCUUAUGUUCAGUUCAUCCGUCCGGAGCUCGAGUUGCUUUUGUCGAUGGCCCUUUGCAUCGACUGA